CUCAAAUUCCUGCCGAAAGCUGCACGCCAAGAUCUCGCCACAUCAGAAUCACUCGGGUAGCACGUCAUGGAUAUAGGCAGUUAAGCGCAGACCGGAACGUUUUGCACAUGCAACGCGCUCGAGUGCAUAUACAUAGCACUUCUCCACAGCUUCCCCAAUAUCAACCAUCCAAGCCACCUUUACUGCUACCGCCAGAAAUGCGCCGAUCCGACGAGGCCCAGGCGUUCAUUUGGGGCGUGUACAUGGCCGUGCAGGAGAUCCCGCAUGGCAGAGUGACGACGUACGGCCACAUCGCGAAGCUGAUCGGAAAGCCUCAGUGUCCUCGACAAGUCGGCCAAGCCCUCAAGCAUCUGCCGCCGGCGUCCACCGCGGCCGAUAAUACGUACCAUACGGGCAACGUGCCGUGGCAGAGAGUGAUCGCGUCGGAUGGAACCGUGCCGAGGCGAGAUGACCCCGGCGGCGCAGCAAGGCAUGCACAGGUACUCAGGGACGAGGGAAUCGAGGUAGGCACGAAGGCGGAUGGUAGAUUCAUGGUCGAUUUGGAGGUCGUGGGAUGGUUCCCUGAGGUUCUUCCGAGCGAAGAGGACGAGGAGGAGGAAGGGGAAACAGCAUGAGGGAAUCACAAGCGUCAACCUUAACAUACGGCGGGAAUAACCCCCAGUGUCCAUCCCCGCAUCGCGCGGGAAUCCUUGGUAAAUUGGCCAAACCUGCCUAAUGCGCCCACCACUCGAUUCCAUCCCGCACACACACAAAGACAUAAGAAAGCCUAGGACUCGCAACAGAAAAAUAACAAUUAUUAGCCUGCCACUCCACUUCUCGAUCGCGACGUCAACCAGUGACCGACGCUGCUUAUAUAAUGCCAUGCCGUCCGCGCUAUGCUUAUUAACUAGCGGCCGUUGAGCGAGUACCUACUCUAGUUAAGCUUAUGUCGACGUCGAGUGGAAGCUCUAGCCUUCAGGGAGCUGUGUCUGCAGCGUGUUUCGGCGUGGAAGGCCUGCAGGUAUGUAGAGUAUUGGCACGCAGUGGGCUUCGGUCGCCGUUUCGACGGCCUCUGUCUAUCUCCCUAGGGUACAAGGAAUGCGAGUCUGCAUGUGAACUGGC